AUGGCGUCCGGUGUUCGGCUUGGAGGUCGCUUAUGCUUCAGAGUUUGUAUGUCGGCGCACCACCGCUCAAGAUAUAGGAUUUUGGCUUCAAACUUAUCUUUGUAUUUGUGGAGGUAUCGGCUAUCUAGCGGCAUUAACACGGUAGGAACAAUCCAAAAAAACUGAAAAUUUUAUUUCGGAUUUUUUCUAACUACAUGUAUACCCAUGCUGACCCUAACUCUUAAUAAUGCACCUAUCAAUGGUUUGCCCCAGGAUGGGGGGGCCGGGCAACCCAAGGGAAAUUUGACAUUUUUAGUUUUUCAAAUGUCAAUUUCCCAACCUUGGGUUUCCAUUCUAAGUCAAAUUCCCACCCCUGGGGACCACAGACCUUCAUAGUAAGUUAAACGAAAUGGUAGGCACUCACGACAAGUUUAUUGCAGCGCUCCUCCAGACACAACACUGAUUUGAACAAAUAACGAUUAAACAAGAUCCUCUCAAAACAAUCCAAAUUGUAUUUCUUGUAGACAAAAAUUUCUUAGGCUAGAAUUAUUAAAAAAUUGACAUAGAAAGUAUCAAAAAAUAAGAUUAUUUAAUAAAACACUACUUGUCUUGGAAUUGCUCGCAUUUUAGGCAUCCUACUGAUGAACAGUUGGGACACGUAGAUAUAUUUUAUAGCAACUACUAUAAUUUGCAGUCUGUCUACUUUGAAUUUGGUGAGAUUUGGCACAGGUUUCUGGAUUCAUCUUCUAUGUCAUGCCUGGAAUAGGUCGUAUUCCGCUUUCAUCCAACUGAUGUUCGUAACUGAGGUCCACAAUUCACCAGAAUUUCAUUUAAUUUAACAUUUGGAGUAUACUAGCAAAUCUAUAAACACAGAGAGUAUCGAAAACUUGAGGCAGGGCGGCAUCCUCUGAAGACAGGUAAGUAGGAAGUAAAUUUUGAUCUAAACGAGCUCUUGUGCGAAUAUUUCUUCUCAAAGCUGAAGGAAAAAUACCUUAUGUUAUUAGAACUUCAAAGACAGAGCACUGAUGGGCAUAAAAAACAACAGUUUUGCUUAAAAAAAAGCAAUACGAUACUCCUUACCUUUCAUUCAGCCAUCCUUGGACGCGGGAAACUCGCUCAAAUGACUUCUGGGUAUUUUCCAAGAUGGCGGACCACUCACUCAUUCCCAGGUCCUCUCCACUUUUCAAGAUGGCGGUCGAGUCAAAUUUCCCACCCUGGGGACUGUUGUGGAUGUCAAAAUCCCCACCCACGUGCGCUUUACGAAGUCUAAUUCCCGUGGGUUGCCCGGCCCCCCCAUCCAGGGGCAAACCAUUGAUAGGUGCAUAAUAUAUAGCUUUAGCCAAGGCUAAAAGCGAAGCUCUCUUUAAUAUUUAUGUUUUCCCAAAGAAAAUAUAAAGUCGAGUAAUACUAAAGACAUGGUGAAGACAACGAGAAUGGUAAAAACAAGAACAAUAGAUCUACUUGGCCAUCUUUGAUACAAGGAUGGGAAUUGGGAACGGGGAUCAGGGAACAGGGAAUCUUUAACAUGGAGAGUCUUUAAAAGCGGGAAUCUAUAAAACGGGGAAUCUUUAAAAUGGGGAAUCUUUAAAAGCGGGAAUCUUUAAAAUGUGGAAUCUUUAAAAUGGGAAAUCUGACAUCAUCCCCAUAGGCUCCUUGCAAAUGGCCUUGAAUGAUACAAUGUUGUUGUGCUGUAACUCCCUUAAAAUCUUUGCUUCCUUAAUAACAGUUUCUGUGAAGUCUUCAGCUGUACUGAGCAGCUCUUUGACAACAACAUUUUCAGCGGGGCUUUUCUUUAGGUUCCUAAUUUGUAACAAAAAACGGCCCAAAUGUUCCUUGCCCUAUGAUAUCAUGGCCAACUUUCUCUUCCCAGGAAAACCGAGGCAAAUCACCAAGCCUAUCUAUUUUUUUUUUUCGUUUACUCGCAAAAGCCAAGGGAAGCUUAAAUUCAACCAUGUUGACCUAACAUCAACAUGAGUUGGAAAGGGCAGAGUGUUGCCUGCUGCUUUAAUGUCUUUAAUUUUCCAUGGUUUUCCUACCAUCUGGAACACCUUUGGGAGAAUUUAUAGCAACCAAAUACAAUUUGGUUUUCAUACUUUUCUUUAUCCACUGGAGAUACAUUUUCCUGGUUGUUUUUCUUUUUGUGUGUGUGAGAACGGUACUUUCUUCCAAUGAAAUUGGUCUCUGUUGUUAUAUAUUUCUCGCUCUAUCUCUUUCCCUGUUAUCCAAGUUAAUGUAGACAUUAAAAUCAGUUAGUGGAAAGAAAGACUGGUCUUCUUUUUUUCUUGCUCUAAUUACAGGGCUUCUGAUAUUUCGCGGAAAAAAAAGCAACAUUACGCGGGAUUUUCAGGGGCAAAUUCGCAGGAAAAUCGCCUGAUUUCGUGGGAUUUUCGCGGGAAAAAAAUCAAAAUUCGCGGAAAAAUCGGCUGAUUUCACGAGAUUUUGGCGAAAGAAAAGGCAGAUGAUAACUUCUGGAGAUCUUAAUUAUCAACGACCACCCUUAUAAUAUUCUUGGAACCUUUCAUGGAUAAUGCUGAUUGAACUGCAAAUUUUUUUAAUGUCUGACAGGUAUCCCAGAAACGGUAUUUUGCAAAUGACAAAAGGUCAAGUUUUUUGGAUGCACUGCCUUUAGCAAGGAUGGACAACACAGUAAGUUAACAACAUGUGCAGGUCAUUCUUUGGGAAUUAACAAAUGGAGGGGCGGUGCAUUGUUCACGUGUUUACUCAUGGAAGCCAGUUUACAGUUUAUCAAUCCCAGCCUAAUGUACCAUUGCUCAUGAUAAUUUUUACAGAAAACCUCAACCAUUAUUACAUGCAAUCCUCUUCAGUAGUGGAUCCAGGGGGGGUGGGGGGGGGGUUGGGGGGUGCAGCCCCCCCCCCCCCCCCCCCCCCCCCCCUUCGCCACUUUUGUUUUCCGCCAAAAUUUUUUUUUAAACAAAACUGUUUAAAAAUAAAAAAAACAAGCUUUUUUUAAAAAAAAAAAAAAUUUACUUUUUCUCCAAAAACCACUAAUAAUAAAAGAAUUAUUAAAAAAAAAUUUUUUUUUUGGUCUUCUCAAAACAAUUUUUUGCCUUUCUUCUCAACAACGAUAUUUUUUUCGCACCAGCCCCCCCCCCCCCCCCACUAUCAGACCUUGCACUAACUUGUUUGAGACUGAAAUUCUUACAUUAACAGGAUCGUAUAUAACUAUUAAACUGGCUGACUUGUUAAAUGAAAUGCACAUUUCACUUUGCCACUAAACUACGUGUAAAUUCCAGGAUAUUCAAAAAUGUAAUUGUUUUUGGGUACCCUGCAAAGAUCUGUUUGCCUCUGCUCCCAAAGCAGUAUUUCCUGUGCCAACAGUGACCGGCGUUCAUAGAUUGAGAAACAUGUGUUUGUCCCUGCUUUCUUAGCUGGUCGACAAUUAUGCAUCCUUUAUGAGUAGAAUUCAAGUACACGGUAAGGGGCCAAGGAAUAUAAGAUGCAACCACGAUUGGUUUUAGGGGGUGUGUGGGAGAAGCAAUUUGCCACAAAAUAGUUCAACAGUCCUUUCUGCACCAAAGCUUGGAUCCCCCCAAUAAAAAAUUCCUGGAUCCGUGAUUGUUAACAAAUCUUAGAAUUGGAUGGGACCAUUUACAUUAGAGUCCAGACCCCCCUUUAUAGCCCUGCCUCUAGUUGGGAUCAGAAAAAAUUGUGCAGAAACAGCACGGGGACUGUGGAGAGAAGGUUUUUUGCUUGUCUGGGCUGACUAAAAGCCUGGCACAGUCUAAUAACUAUUUCACUCUUCUUAUCAUAGUUAUUUAGACAGGCUCCCUCCAAUUAUUAUUAGCACACUCAAAGGGUGAAUGCUGAAGGUGCCAUGACUCUGUUAUAAAGUUCUGUUUUAUCUCAUCUGCUGUUAUAAUCAUUUAAUAAAAAACAUAAGUUUGAUAGCACAGUGUACUGGAAUCAAAAGGAUAAUUUUUAAAAACUAGAAUUCAGUGAUUGAAUAAGUUAAUUUUGUAUGUAUUCUUAGUCCAAGUUGACAGAAACUGAAGCUGAUGCAACAGCAAGUACAGAUGCUGCAUCGUCAACAUCACUGGAUGGUCAAGAUGAUGAUGGUAUGUAAACCAUAUCUUGAACGUUUUAAGCCUCAAUCACUUUAAGUACAGUGAAACCUCUAUUAAGCAGACCCCCAAUUAAGCAGACAGCCUCUAUUAAGUGGACACUAACCCGGGUUCCGAAAUUAACGUUUUGUAUUUCCCUUUAUAACAAACCCCUAUUCAGUGGACACCUCUAUUAAGUAUAAAUCAAAAGAAAUCCCUAGCUGAUUGAUAAUUUCCCCAUCUACUCGCUGUAUUUACCCGGCAACUUGAAGUCUUAGUGACAGUGGAGAAAAUAACCAACAUUUUGCAAUGCCACCACCAGUUUGCUGGCAAAAUGUCAUCAGAGGAACUUUAAGUGCAGAAAUUUCACACUGAUGACCUGUCACUUCACAGAUCUGUCAAGUAGUUCUAAUUGGUUGAAGACCCCAGUUGUUCAAAAGGUGGAUACCACUUCUCUAUCCACUGGAUGGUGCAAAUAUAUGGAUUCUCUAUUACGUAUCCACUGGAUAGUGAUUUAUGAAGGGGAUAGUGCAAUCCAAAGUUUGAACAAGUGGGGCCAGAAGUAUAACCCAGAUUUUGGUAGUAGGAAUUUCUGUGCUCAGUCGCCUCUUUAUCUUGUGGGAACACCAGUGGUUGCAUUGCAAAAUUUUGCUGUUUUAUUUUAGACUAAGCAAUUAGUACAAUUUAUGUUGUUAGCAGGUAAAUCUGUUCUCAAGAAAUGAACCACAACUUUUAGUUAUUUAACAUGUUUCAAUUGAUCAUUGAUCAUCUUCAGUUACUUUGGUUAAACUACAUGUACAACACAAAAAUGUAUUAUUUGACCUGGUAAGCUUACCUUUUUGCUAGGGUUCCAGCCAUGGUAACUUCACUGGUUUAACUUACCUAUAACUUUAUGCAUCAUAUGCCAUGAAGCUUUUGUUUACUUUUACUGGGCUCUUAGAUCCAUUAAUGCAGCAAAUGGCAGCUAAAUAUGAGAGAUAUCGGCAGUGGCUUGCAAAAAUAAUGGGGAAGGAUCCAGAGGCAUUCAGUGAUAAGGAAAUCAAGGUAUGUAUGCUAAAGUUGAGGUACCUGACAUUGAGCAAGUGGUUAUUCUGUUUUUAUUAUAAACACCAAGGAAAUACAUGUACCAAUUAACCUUUUGCGCUGAAGCAUGAUAUAACUUUAACAGCAUAAAAAUGUUUGCCAAAGCUCCUGUUAAUUUUCCACAAAUUUGUGUCAAAUGAUUUUUACAUGCUUGUCAUUUUAUUCUCUUGCAUGGUGAGUUAAGCACAUUGCGGCUACACUCUUCCAGCCAGCCGCUAGUCUUGUUCUUGCUAGUUUCUUAAAUUAUUAAGGCAAAAUCGAUCAGGAAAUAGCGUAAUUUUAAUUUUCAAUGGACAAGAAAUCUUGUACCAGAAUAACUUAAAUAAUAAUUUGUAUUCUUUUUCACAUUUUCAAGGGCUAAAGAUGUAAUAAAUCAUCUGUAGUAACACCAAAGAAAAUUUCUCCUGAAAGUGUGAGAAAAUAAAUGUCAAAUUUCACAAGAAGUGUGAUUAUACAGGUAAAAUUCUAAUAAUUUCAUGUGUAAGAUGUAAUUUUGUGAAAUUUGACAUUCAUUUUCGCGGGCUCCCAUGAGAAAGUUGUUUUGAUGUACUGGCCCCAGCCCCCUCUCUCUCUAUGUCACGCAAAACCAGGUAUACUACAGAUGAUUUAUUACUUCUUUAGCCAUUGAAAAACGUAAGAAAGAGUGCAAUAUGCUUUUAAUAAAUUAUUCUGGUACAAGAUUUUCAUCCACUGAAACUCAAAAUUACUCAAUGUCCCAGUGGAUUCUGUCUUAAUUUGUAGUACAAGUUAUUCAACUUUCCCUCCCCAAAAAACACAACAUACGCAAUAAUACUGGCAUUCAAAAUACGUUAAUUUUGUUCACUGUACAUUAUCCAACCAAACCUUGCUAAGUCCUGUAUACAUAUCUAUGUUACUUUUAGGAAGCUGUUGAAUACUUGAUGCCAUCUGGGCUUUAUGCUAAAGAUGCUCGGCCCCAGUUUAAGGUUAGUAAGUCAGGUCCUACAAUGUAGAGUGUAGGGAGAAAAGAUAUUAAAGUAGGUGACAAAAGAUUAGAUGAAAAGAUCUGAAAGACUUUCAUGUGGCUUAGCAGCAUGUGGGGUUUAAGUAUGACUGAGGGUUGCUCCCCUAACCCCAGAUAAAUUUUUAUUUUAAGUGCACUGAAAAGAGUAUUUUAGUGUGUUUUGUGCAACCAGUUAAAGAAUUUUAGCCAUGGAUGUGGCACUUUUAUGACCUACAUUUGCUUUAUUUUUUAUGACUCAAAAUGCAUUUGUUUUUAUCAAACAAAAGUGUUGAGAAACAAAUAUCACAGAUUUGUUGUCCUCUUAAAAAGUUAUUUUGUUUGAAUAGGUGGCACUUCCAGCUAUAUGGGAUUUUUGUUGGCAUGCUACCUGUAGCUUCUGGAGAUAAACUCUGAACGUGAUUUUCGUUUUCCUGUUGCAUAUGACAUUUAGCACUGAAUAUGUGCCUGUUGGAAAGGGCUUGUAACAAACUAUGUCCAAUUUUAAAUAGCACAUUGUAUUUUUCCUUGAACUAUCCUGAUUAUCAACAAACAGUAAGACAUCAUAAAACAUGCCCUCAAAGACAACAGGAUCAUUACAUAUUUCUUAAACUGCUUACCUACCCCUCUCCUAAGCAACCAUUAACACUUACUUGUUACUUAGGGCAAAAUGGUGGCUUUCAGGGGAGGGGUAGGUGGACAGAUUCCCAGAAAUGUAUAAUGAUCCCAAUAUUGUAGGCAUAUAUAUUUGUUAUAAUAAUUACACCUGUAGGUAAAUGGAAUCAUUUUAUUUUUACUCACAACUCUUGCAGGACCCUGAAGAGCUUUACCAAAGGAGAGGUAAGAAUUUUUUUCAAAAGGAGUAUUGUACAAUCACUGUGGUGGGUCAAAUAGCAUGAAGGUGUCAGUCCAGUUUUGGAGAGAGGCCUUAAAUAUACCAUAAACAUGAUAAUUAUCCCAUUUCCAAAGGGGUUUGAAACUAUGUGAAGAAUGUUUUUAAGGCCAAUUAUAUUUUAACACGUCAGGAAACGUAUGUCAGUGAAAUAAAAUUUAUUGUUUUGACAUGAACUUCUGUACAAAGCAGAGUAACAGAUUGUACCAAGGUUUCUAUUCCUAAGUUAGAGUGUUACUGCAGUAAAAUCCUGUUUCUUCUCUCUGCUUCUCAACAAAGACAAUAGUUGCGUACUAUGUAACAUAAAAUAUAUUAAGUUGCUUUUUGACACAAUGUACCAGGUCAAUUCACAGAAUUGUCCAAAACAAGAUUCCUAUAAUUUUUGUUACUUCUCCUGAACGAUAAUGCCUCAUAGAAGAUGUGUAGUGUCAUCUAGUGAGUGAAUGCAGUACUCUCUGCUUUACAGCUCAGAUUGUGGACAAACAAGGCCGGCCAUUACAUGCAGCUUUCUUCACUGGGCAAAUUGGUUUUCAUGAUUUAUUAUUUGUAAGUGAACUAUUUUAUGGUAUGUAAUGAUGAUCAUGAAAGCUGUACUCUAUAAACAGGCAAACCUCUUCGACCAUGUGACACCAAAGAGACAGGGCCUUGUGUCUAUAUUACUGAGGUUUUGGUAUCGUAGAGGAAUGAAAUAGUGUUAUAGGAAGUUUAGUAUUAGUGGGAAGAAAACUGUCCAUUUAGAGAGGUACAUGUAAAAAAGGCUCAGUGUUCACACAACCUACAGGAAAGAUGUAUUCUGUUUCUUGCACUAUGAAGAUCAGGUUGUACACUGCUAAUUUGUCACAUGGUGUAAGAUUCUUGCAAUGUGAGAGUCAAUGAAGUGUUACAGAAAUGGUGCAGUGGCAAUAUAAAGAUCUUUGCGUUUUAAACUUUGAAUAGUACUUAGGGUGAUGAUGUAAUAAUAUUAUUUGGAGCAGUACUUUGCAUUUUAUGCUUGCAUUUCUGCAUUAUAUAUCGUGUCUAUUGUGUCCUCUGUUUCUGUCAUGCUUGCCAUUCUAAUUCUAAUUCUAAUCGUAUAAUGUGCAAAGGGUCUAUUGGCCAUUUUGGAACUCACAGUUGUUGGACAUUGCUAUGAGCUUGGAGUGCUUCGUACUUUAGAGGCGAGCGGUCACUUUAAGCCCAGUAUUUUGUUGGGGCUUAAACAUGCUAAGUGUUUGCGUUUCAGCAAAGCUUUCGAACUCUUGAGUUCUUUUUUCUUGUGAGGCGGGGUGGACGGGAGAGUUAUGAAGCUGAUGGUAAGGUUUCCAUAAACUACUGCAAAAAUUGGGGUGCUUUAGGAGCUAACAAGCUUAUCAUUUUAAUGAUUUGCUUCGAAAAUAAUUUUACAGGCAGUCUAAUUGAAUAGAAUAAUUUCAGAGAAAUAAAGUACAGAAUGAGUGAAAUUUUUAUCGUCAUUCAGCAAAGCAUGUUUGAUUAAGAUUAUUAACAUUUUUUCAGGAAAUUUAUGAGCAAAACGCCAAGUUAAAUGCUGGCGAGGAAACAAAAUUAAAUGCUGUAGGAGGACUUGAGGCAAGUGAUGGUGAACUAUCAGAGACAAGUGAUGAUGGGUAUAGUUCAGAUACCAGUUCAGAUUCUAGUGAUGAGGACAAGUUGGAUGGCAGCAGUGCCGAAAAGGAAGCUGAAAGGUAAAGUCUAGUGGUGAUACUGACGCCCUUUAAAGCCUGCUUUUGAUAUAACCGUCUGGACAAUCUCGAUUUCCUUGAGUGCCGUCAAAGUUAGUAGGAUGGCACGGGCAGCACACGAGCGACGAGCGCAGGCAAAGCCGCGAGGAGCGAGAUGCGGGAAGCGAGAGCAGCAGUCGGAUAAAAUUGACGCACUUGAUUCUUGCGGCUUUGCCUGCGCUUGUCGCUCGUGUGCUGUCCGUGCCAUCCUACAAACUUUGACGGCAUUCUUUUUCCGAGCAAGCGGAAAAACUCUCUUUACUUCAUAAUAAAAGUUUAAUAAUGGUUAAAGUAAGUCUCUUCAUACCUAAGUUUAUGUCGAUUAUAAUUUUCGUGGAAUCCUUCUUCUCUUCCAAAAUCUUUGGAAGAGAAGUGUGGUGUUAUCAUCAACUGAGUUAUUUAAGUCAACUGAGUCAUCAACUGAGUUAUUUGAGUCAAAUUACCACUGCAAACAGAUAUUAGGUUGUGGAAGGAAGGAAGGAAUUAGGUUGUGGAACGCGUGAUACACCACAAUUGUUAAAGAAAAAUAAGAGAUUGCUUGCAAUCUAGCUCGCAUCUGCUAAAACAUGGUCAGUGUCUCUUCUAUUGCAAACGUAAAUUUAAAGAUGUUACCAAUUUUGAAGUCAUGUUUGCCAUUGACUCAAAUAAAAUGAUCACUCAUGUACUUUGCUCAGUGUUCACUGUAUUAUGUGCUCAGUAUGACGAAUAGUCCUUUUUAAAUGUAUUUGUUGUUGAUGUUUCAAUAAAACGUUUUAUUAUUUGAUAUAAUAUUAUAUCUAUGCGUCUUUGUGUAGCUCAAACCCCAGUCGUCAGCCGAGGAUGAGAUGGAUUGGAAAACCAGAGCUUAAAAGAAAAAUUAACGAAAAAUUGACAGAUAAAGAGGUAUGGGAAAUUGACCAACUUCUGCCAAAUAUUAUCAGUUACUGAGCGUGUGACAACCUCCUUCUUUAGCAAAUUGUACUCGUUAUUUAGCGUCUUUUCGCCAGCAUUGAGUGAACUUGAUACAAAUCUUAUCCUUGGUCGUGUUCUUUGUUAGUAAGGAACUUAAGCAAAAACGUUUUUGAGCGACGCUCGUUAACCGGAAACAGUGGACUUUUUUUAUUCUUGGGUAGUUGUUAUGCCCAACGUUUCAGGCAAGUCGUCUCUAUAAGAAUGAAUAAACAAUAGACAUUUAGUAGCGUCAAGGUAUGUUAAAAGGGGAAAUGCCUAACUGUCAGUUGAUGUGCGUCGCUGAAAAGCUCGCCAAUGAUUAGUGACAUUGAUACACUAGUGAAGUAACAGACUUCUAUAUUUUAUGAAUCAGAUAAAAAUCUCCUCAAAAUAUUUGUCGGCUUGGAGAAUAGUAGUCUUGAAUCUCUUGAUGCUUACUACUGAACAAAAAAGCAAAUGAAUAAAUUAAAAUGGAAUAAAAACUUGUGCUGGAAGUUUCGCUUUGCUUUUGAAAUAUGGUUGACAACGUGGUGAAGAUUGGCAGGACUUUUCCAUAACUCUACACCGGUGAAGUUGGCGGGUUAUCAAACCAGAUAACAAAGAUAAAUUUUUAACGGUGGUAAAUCUGUCUUUUGUCGUUCUUUGCUUGUUAUUGCAGUAUGAUGUCAUUCUCCAUCGGUUGAAGAAGUUGGCCAGUCACCCUAAUGCAGAACUAGCGACUCCUUUUUUGCUUAGAUUCUUAGAAGUUAUUCCAAUCCAAGGAAUGAAAGCUGUAGAAAAAACUGUAAGUACUGAUUAAGUUGUGAUCACUUUAAAUAAGGAAUCAGGGCCUUCCAGUUUAAUGUCGUUACCAGAUCUCUUGUCGACGAAGCCGGAGGCAAGAGAUCUGGGUACAAGAUUACAGUUUGGCCAGUUAAGACUCCAAUGGACAAAGUGGAACUUAAAGGAAAUUUUUUCUCACUAUAUUCUAACGGUCCUGGGAACUUUAUGUGCAAAGUAGGCCAACGUACUACUCGAUCUCGUAAAGUUUUCAAAUUUUUUUCAUUUUAAAUUUUCAUUUAUUUAAAAUCACAUUUUUGCUCUUAAACUUUGUGCAACUAAGAUAGUUUUCGGAGUUUUAUGAAACGCAUGCCUUGUGAGUUGGAUGAGAAAACGACCGCUUAGCUGGCUGGGAUUGUCGGCCAUUUUGAAUUCACUUAUAGAGUCACGGUGGCCAUAUUUGUGUUCUAAAGCAACGAAACGGCCAGCCAUGUUGGUGUUCCAAACCAAUCAUGUGGGAUGUUGAAUGCUUUUCUUAUGUAAACAUUUUCUUUUGUUCCCACAAAUUUGCAUAGACGUGAGUGAAAACGCUCUACACUCUGUCGUGAAAAGUCUUUGCCAAUCACAUUAUAACUCAUAAACGAACAGAACUAACGCUCAAAAUGCGGGAAAUCAUUCCUUUGACGGUUUGUAGACUAUAUUUAUCUAGAAAAAUAUCCUGCAUGAGCAUUUUAAAUUUAAUUUUAGUGAAUUGAUAACAUAUAAUUCUUGAGAUUUUCUCACUGAAAGUUUAACUGUUCCAUGUUAUCGUUCAUUGAAUCAAAUUCUUUUUUUCUAACAAUUUCAUGUUCGCAUUGAAUAUGUUUAGACGUGCACGUGUCUUGUAAUUUACAAGCAUUUUAUUAUUACACGAAAGAUGCUCUACAAUGAAAUAAACUCCCACUAAAAGUCCUACAAAGGAUUUGAUUUCUUCUAACACUAAAAUGAUUUAUAAUGCAGUGGUUAAGACAGGCUAAAUUUCAAAAUUUAUUUAUUUUUGACAAGAUGUUGUAAAUUUGUCGCUGUUGUUGUUGUUUUUUUCUUUUUUAUGGCAAGCCGGGCAUUUCGUCCAUUUCCCGGGGCUCCUCUGAUAGCUCAGGGGCGUCAGUCUCGUCUGGUCCGUCGGUUGCCUCUAGUCCAUCUGGUCCAUCAGGUCCGUCCGUUUCCUCUGGUUCUUCACCUAGGCAAAGGAAACAUACCUGAGUAGAAAUCAUCGGACUUUAUUAACCCUUUCACUGCCAAAUGUAGCCAAAGGCAAAUUUCGACAGAGUUUGCAAAUUUCAUUUUGUAACAUUGUGAAAAACAAAUAGCAGAAUGUGACAUUACAGGCAGAGAGCUUUCAUUUGAAUGGUCACAUCAGAGGAUUUCGUCCACAGACUCAAAAGUUAACGUCAUCUUACCAAACUCCUCUAAGCACUCUGGCAGUGAAAGGGUUAAUUGGGGCUAUCUACACAAAACUAACCAAUCAAAUCAAUCAACGAUUCCAGUAAUUCUUAUAAUUUGGCGGUUUUGUGUGGAUUUAAUUGUUAGCAUUCUCUAAUUUGAUUGGUUAGUUACUGCACCAAACUGUAAUUAGAUAAUUAGAUACUGCACCAAAAUGUUAUUACAAAUGGAAGUAUUACUGUAAUUCCUAACGCUAAAAAUGCUUUAUGAAAAGUACAGAUUGGAAUUGUCUUCAUGAACCUUGCAUAAGGAGGUUUGCAAUGUACAGUUGCGAAUAAAUGCCGUAUAUUUAAGGACCAAACUCACGUUUCUCUAUUUUUCUAGUAGUCAACAACUUUAUGUCCUUUAUAGAAAUUAAGAGCCAUAAGUAUAGGUAAUAGCAUGAUUUGUAGUGAUAUUUGGCAUGUAUACCACGAGUGAUAUUUCGAAAUUGUUAUACCUAAAAUAAGAGAAGCUUUUUACCAAACGUCAAAAAAUCUAGGUUCUUUUUAGCGGGUGUCUACCGCAUCGUAGCACGAAAAUAUCAGUUCUUGAUAGAUUCAGCGACGUUAAAACUCGUGGCUACCUCCGCUUGACUUUCGUUCUGUCUUGUACACGUGAAUAAUCUUCGUCAGUUUUCGCACACAGACAAAAACAAAGUCCUGUCGCUCGCCAGCAUUUAGAAGGAAUAGUGAAAUUGCCUUAUCUCCACGAGUCUUCUGAAUCUCAGUGAUAGUAGUAGUAACUCUAGUAACUAGGAUGUCAUAGGUUUGACUUCUUUUGAGAGAAAUCGGAUUUCUUUUUCCUAAGUGCCUGUGUAACUGGCUGAAAAAAGGUCAUUCCCGUAAAACAAUUUAUCUGAUUAAAUUCUCAUUAAGCUUAACUCCGGGGGCAUCUUAACGUAUCACUGUAGUAAUAUUGGACUUGUCAUUUGUAUUAAGAAAAGUGAAAGAAGGAAAUUUCCAACAUUCUUUUGAUGCCAUUUGUACUUUUUCCUUACUUUUGUUUUGCCUAAAAAAGAUUCACGACGCAACACAAAUUAUCAAAACUUAUCUUCAACACAAAAUCCGUUUGUACAAGGCAGGAACCUGCUCAAAUUAGCCGAAAAAGAUAUCUUUUUCAACUCGUUCUUAGGACAAUGCAUACAUCCAUACCAGGGUGAAUACAGUCGAAACCGCAUCGCGAUCAAUAACAAAGUGACUAUCGUGAGGCAGACGAUAAAAGAACGUUAUCACUGAUACGCAAAAUACGAUGGCUAAUAUCUUUCAUCAUAUAUAUUACACAUUUUGGACACCAGCACUUUAAUUCUUGUUUGAAUUGAUCCGAGUCUCUGGCUGAUCAAGUCUUUGGGUGAAUUCAUUUGCAGCAUACGCCAGAUCAAUUGAAGUUUCUGUAACUGACCAGCUACCUCUUCCCUAAGUCACAGUUUUGCCCUAAAUGAGUAGGAAGUGUUAAUGUUGCUUAGGGGAGGGGUGGGUGGUGAGUUACCCAGCGACCUCCCACGCCUAGCGUGGUGAAGGUUCAUAUUUUCUUGAAAAGUUUCAGCGGGAAAAUGAGAUGGCAGUCCGCGUAUGCUGGAAAUGAACCUACUCUUUGUCUUCGCUCUACGACGGCGAUGGCCGCAAAAACCUCACCAUUUAAAAUACCUUAAAAUAAUUUACGAAUUCUUUGGGACCGAAGAUAAGUUUAUUAGGAGAAAGAAUUUUAAGAAGAAGAAAGAAAAAUUCGUCGUCGUGUGUUUACGUCCUCCAAAAAACGUGGCAGAAGGGAAUUUCACGUCGUAGUCGUACAGAAAGAAAUGUACAAAAGUGUUCUGCACAUGCAGAAUUGUUUUUGCUUAUUCCUACUGCUUUUUAGACAUGGCCAUCGUUAACGUAUGACGGAAUUUCAGUGAAAAUACGUCUUAUGACUCUCAUACAAAAAAGUUCUUUUUUAAAAGAAAAUGAAAUCACCAACAGCGGCGAUGCUGAACAGUCAUAUUUUCUUCAUUAACUAUAAUUAAUCACUGCCAUGUCAUAGUCACUUCAGUGUUUGCUGAUUGAAGUAUGCGCCCGUUUCAUAAACAUAUCAGUGGACAAAAAAUCACUAUAAAUUGAAGUAUUAAAUUAAGUAUUAAUUUAACAUGUUAAGGACUUACCUGGUAUUUGCGGUAAUGGAGCACAGACUACCUGUUCCAGUAUAGCAACAAAGCACAAAAGGAAAAAGAGUUUGGAAAACAUCGUCUUGGCGAUGAUACCUCGGUGAGACGGUUUCUUACGUUCGUUUUGAGUCAUAAACGCUAUCCUGUCAUCCCGAAGACGUUAUAAAGCGUCUUUUGCGAUCAAUAUAAAGUUGUCAAAUAUCAGGAGAGUAGAAAUUGGCCUCACUUAAUAGUUUACCAGUCAAUGUGGCUCCUCGUUAAUUAUGAGUUAUUAUCACAACGUCCUAAUUGAGAGUACAGUACAGUACAGUACAGGUAGCUAGUAUCUGUUUAUCGAUAUUCAUGUUGCCUAGAGAUGCACGCAUACGAUUUAACUUAAAAAGAACCGUAUUGUUUUUUUCUUCUGUGCGGUCAUUAUCACGGGAUAAUUACCAUGGAUACGGAGAUAUCAUUAUACUGUGAGCUUUAAAACUCUGUUUGUUGAUUGACUAUUUAUGUGGAAACAGCACGCGCGUUUACUGAAAAGCCUUGCUUUUUUUCACCAUAUUACUUACCAAAGGAGUUAACCCUUGUUAUUACUGUAAGAUGUAUUUUGGUUUUGUAAAGUUAUUUUCGAUCAGUACUGCGUCGGUGUGCCUUUGUUCAUGAAGGUUAUCUGUUUUCAACUCUCUGAUUGUUUUAACUAGCAAAUGUUAUAAAGGUUACAUUGUAGUUAUUUUUAACCGACGAAAAAGGCUAUAAUCGAAAUAAUCGUCGAAUUAUUUUAGUUUACUUUUGUAGAAAUAUAUUUCAAAAUUGAGAAAUGAGCACUUUUAAUUGCUUUAGGUGGUAGAUGAGCUUAAGUGUGGCUUGGCAGAGAGCGUUUCUCUUUUUCCAACUCCGCGAUCGGUUUUAACGAGUAAUUUUUUUGGGCGCGCAAACGGCAUGUUAUUUCAGUUUUCAGAGAGGAGAGUUGUUUAAUACCUGACUGAUUUAGCUCGUAGCCGUGUGGUACGCGAUUUGCAAGAGCUGGAGCGUGUGCAGCGUCACCGCAGAUAUUCAGCCGAGCUGUAUAUUUUCGUAUUCUGUUAGCAGGGGUUACUUUUUCGCUAACUGCUUUCAAAAGAUAACCUCUGCUUGCGACGAAUAAUAUUGGCUCUAUCUGACUCUCGACCCGCUUGAAACUCUCUUUAGAAGAACACAUGUUGACGCUAUUGUAAAACCUGAUUAUUUUGCACAAUCCUAGAUUCUAUUGGAUAAUCUUCUAUUCUCCGUCGUUAGACUUGCUUUAAUACUGAUUUCUAGCCUCUGUCAACUCCCUCCUUUUUCGAAAAGAAAAUAAAGACAAACGCCAUAUCGUUGGAUGACAGUCAAAAUGCUGGCUGUGAUUAAGCGUUAUUGACCAUUUCCUUUUUUUGCUUUUUCGGGACCGAGAAAUCGCGGUCACUAGAGAGAACGAGGCCAACCUUCAGCGAUCGUGAACAAGCUUGUUCACUGAACUCAGAGAUUUAUUACAUGUCCGAAAAAAAAGAACAUUUUGUUUCGGGACCAUCGACGGAAAUUGUUGUUGUUGUUGUUGUUGUUGUUGUUGUUUUUUUUCAUUUCACCUGCUCGCUAAUUCAGCCAUGUACCGUCAACUCUUGCCUUGCGGACACCCCGGUAUAACGGACACCCCGAUAAUACGGACACCCCGCUAUAACGGACACCCCGAUAAUACGGACACCCCGCUAUAACGGACACCCCGGUAUAACGGACAACCCGAUAAUACGGACAUCCCGCUAUAACGGACACCCCGAUAAUACGGACACCCCGCUAUAACGGACACCCCGAUAAUACGGACACCGCGGUAUAACGGACACCCCGAUAAUACGGACAUCCCGCUAUAACGGACACCCCGUUAAUACGGACAGCAGCUGAAUCCCAGGAAAAAAUGAAUUACAGAGAUUUGACAGAAAUAAAUUCCCGCUAUUACGGAAUCGCGCUAAUGUGGACACUGACGUGAGGACCCUACAUUUUCCGCUAUAAUGCUGAGAGUUGGCUGUAGUAAGGCUUCUUAUCAAAGAUUUUUCUCAGCUUUCCUUCCAUUGAGGUUACUCAUGAGUAGUCAGGUGGUGUCACCCGUCACUUUUCAGACUUUCCCCAUCACUGGAUUCAGAAUCCUUACCAGAUUGUGCACAUUGUUGUGGCCAAUACUUUCAAACCCUCCUCUCUGCAGUUGUUAUUACUUAAACUUAAGCCUUCGCUUUCUCUGUACACGUGCGGUUCACGUGACAGUCUACUAGUAGAGUAACCAGGUUGAAAAAUUUGUCUCUUUGUUUUGAAAGGAGAUGCGCAACAAAUAAUUAUUAAGCUCCUAGGUGAAAGUUGUAUGUGACUUUUAGGUUGUGAUUAAUUUCAGUUUCUUAGCAGUUAAGUAUUUUGUAAAUCCUACGGUCUAGCGAAUAUAUAUUCGGGGCGCCGGUGGGGUGGGGAGUAUGCUGGAUGCCUCCCGCGGGAUCCUUUCAGGGGACAUAUCGCUAUAAAUGAAGAUUUUAUCCCCAUUGCUUUGUUAUUUAUCAACAGCUUAACGAGAAAGGAGAGGCCGUGGGUAUAGGUAAGUUUAGCCAUUUGCUAGGCACAUAUGUAGCAUUUUUUAUGACAAACAAGUCAAGUUCCCAGAAGACUUAAAGUAUUGUUAUUUCUAGCCUGUUACACCCUCUUAGCCCGGGAGAGACUCCCAUAUAAAGGUGACAGGGAUGCUCGUCGGAUGAUUAAAAUUAAACCCCUGAUGGAGACCAAUUUGGGUGUGGCUCAAGUUUAAACUGACCUCUAAAGGAGAUUUCUGUGUGGUCAGUGUCACGCACAGCCCUAAGGGAUACCUGAAUGGGCAAAUAUAGUGACUUUCCGUCCCAAACACCCUAAUUGAGACCCAAAUCUGCAAUUUACAGCCCUAAGCGAGACGACGAGCAUCCCCGUCACUUUUAUAUGGGAGUCCCCCACGGAGUUUCUUAAGUCAUUAUCCGAGAAGAGAAGCAAAGAGGAGGAGGAGGAGGGGAGGCACCAUCCUCUCUAUCCCCAGUCCUCGCUCAUUUUCUGUUCCCGGGACAAUUUAAAAGUAAAGCGAGCCAGAAACUACCUUACGGCCUGUAAACUUUUAUUUAAACAUAGUUCAGUCAGUGUUUAACAAAACUGCGUUCUAAGCCAUUUUCAGUUUGCCCAACGCUUUUAUCUUAACACCAUUUAUCGUGAAAAGUUUUAUGAAAUUAUAAGGCGCAGACUAGAAAGGCACUUAUUUUCUUAAAAUUACCCACUAAGGAAAAUAUUCGGAGGUCCAAAGAUUUGCUAAACUGCGGCCUAACUUAGACUUCGUUAAUUUUUUUUUUUCGAGCUGCUUGUGUCACUUGCUGAAUGGCGCAAAGUCUAUCCUCUCCCUCGAAUGGCGAACCUCUUAAUGGAGCCAUGGAUCAAUUUAGGGUUUUUGGAAACUGCCCACCUACACCUCCCCUAAGCUAACAUUUCUUAGAAUUCUCAGCACAUCACUCAAUAUCGCUGUAUUCCUUGUUUUUUUCCAGGGCAUCGUAAACGUGCAAUUGCCGAAGUCAUGAUUACGAAAGGCUCGGGUAACGUCACUAUCAACAAUGUCCCGUUGACUCAGUAUUUCGUCAAAGUAGAAGACAGGUAAGGUCUCAACUGAACCACUUUCUAAAUCGCCUGUUCUGCUAACUGGGAACAUUAGCUCUCAAAAUGAACGCCAGGUGUUUAAUGAUAGGUACAGAAUGAUGUUUAAUAUAAUAGCUGCAACAAAGAGAUUAUGAUCUCUUGCUACGACAUAACUUUUACUUAUAUUGGCAUUCUCUUCAUAACUUUUAUAUUCAGAAAAUAUGAGAAGAAAAAAAGUUCGUUAAUAGUACUAAAAAGUUCAAAAAAUUGACGACUAAGAUGGGAACAAAACUUUAGAUAGCCCUCAACUCUUAUCUCCGUUAGAAUGCUGCUUUAUCCUCUUAUAAUUCUUUAGAAGAAUCUUAAUAAACUAAUAAAAGUCGUGCGUUAGGUUGAAUCAGAUAUAGGCUGAUAGUGGUAUGGUAUAGGGAGCGUGAUAUCAUCAUUGACUGCUAGUACAAUGCUCUUAGCCGAUGAAUUUUCCUUGUUUUUCAGUGGUGCUAGGGACAGUGAUUGCAACAUUCGUGAUAAAAAUAUAAUUUUAAUUCUCUUAAAAUAAUUGGAAAGUGCUCUGCAUAACGAACUUCGAUUUUUUCUGUGACAGAGAGGACAAUGUUUUCGUCCACCAUUUAGCAGUAUAAUUGUUCAUCUUAUUCCCUCGCUGUAUAUUGUACAGGAAGCAAGUCAUGUACCCAUUCCUUACUGUUGAUGCAGUUGGUGAAUAUGAUGUGGAGUGUGGCGUGAUAGGCGGAGGAACGACUGGUAAGUGAUGAUGUGAAGGAAUUCUGACUCCUACGAAUUUCCCUGAAUGCGAUUUAACAGGACUAUCGACAAGGAAGGAUACCUCUUCAGCUUCUUUUGUUAUUCAACAUCCCCACUGUCUGACAUCGCUUCUUCCGGUUGCGAGAUGUUAUACCAAGCUUUUUACGAGGAUAACUUUUUUUUUGCCGCUAAGUGGGUUUGUAGAAACAAAAUUGGUAGCAGGGAAAUGUAAGCGUUUCAGUAUACUCUUGAUGUUGUUGUGGAUUUUGUGGCUGAGAUAACUUAACUAUUGUGGUACAAAUCUCGUUCAGUGUAAGAGUACUAACAGAAAUUCUGAUCAUUCUGUAGGUCAAGCUGGGGCAAUCAGACUAGCUAUCAGCCGAGCACUGUUGAACUUUGAGGAUAGUUAUUUGGAACCUCUUCAACAAGGUCUCAUAAUUACAGCAGUUUUUAAAGUAAUACGGAACGUUUAGUAAUUAUUUUAUUUUCAAUGUAUUGUUACUCCUUGCUAAAGAAAACUGGCGCCACUUUUCUGGUUAAUGAGAUGUCCAGCCAAAACCAAAGUGGUUUUGUUGCACGAGUUUUCCCGUACUUUUUGUCGGCCACAUAUGUCUGCUUGAAUAUUUAUUGGUUCAUUUGAUUGUCUCGCGUGUUGUGAUUAGCUGUAAGUAAAAAUUCUGACUUUUGUUUUUCUUCACCCGAUUGAAGCCCGCCCUACAUUGUUUUCCUUUGUUGCAGUUCUCGCCAUUUACGUUUAAAGGCGAGUUGGACUUAAAACUAGCCUUGCGUAAUAAAUGUUCCUGCUCGUUCCAUAAACAAAAAUUUUUUGGGCGAGAGCAUAACAUUUAGGAGGGGUGGGGAAUCCUCCGUAAUUUUACUCUCCAUUCUGUCUUGCUAUUGUUAUCAUACUUCUUGUUUUCUUUGUGAGAGUAUUGUCUCUCUUACCCAGGUACAUAAGUUAUUAAUGAAUACAUUAUUAAUGAAUGUCGUUGCCAUAACACAGGUACUAACGGUGUGAUGGCCCAGAAACUAAUUCCGCGGGAUGGGUAGCAAUACUCGUAGUUGAUUCACUACCAAGACGCGAAAGUCACCCGACCAGUUGUUUUUGGAGUGCAUCGUGAUUGUCUAUAACGUUAAGUGACUAGUAUUUCAGCUUUACGGUACGGAGAAACGAGCAACAAAAAACGUGCAACUUGUCUUGCAACAAUGCUGCAAAACGAGUUAAAUAGCGAUGUUGCGCGUUUUACCAUCCAUGUUCAAACCUGUUAACAACCUGAUUUGUUGAAAGACAGGUUUUAUGUGGGUGGUAAACGCGCUACAUCGCUAUUCAACUCGUUUUGUAGCAAUGUUGUAAGACAAGUUGCACGUUUUUUGUUGCCUGUUUUUCCGUACCUUUAUUCAUACCGUUAUGCCUUUUCUCAUGUGUGUGUUUUUCUUGUUUACUUUUAAGCUGGUCUGUUGAUAAGAGAUCCGCGAAUUAAGGAGAGAAAGAAACCUGGACAGAAGAGAGCCAGGAAGAAGUUUGCUUGGUAA